CAGAGCUCUCUAUAUUGGUAACACUGAGCGUAUGUAUAUCCGAUUUUCUGCAUAUGAUGAGCAACGUCACCAACGAGUUUAUGUGAAAUUGUUGUGUUACAUAUUUUUCUAUUUAAAUAUUAAUUUCUAGGCGACAAUUGCUUUGAUGAUUUUGAUUUAUUUAGAUCAAAGGACUUAAAAAGCCUGUUCAUCGAAAAUGGGAUCUUCCCACAGUAUUGAAGUACCUGGAGGUGGCCCAGAAGGUUACCAUGUACUCAGGGUACAAGAAGGGUCUCCUGGACAGAAAGCUGGUCUUGAAGCAUUCUUCGACUUCAUUGUAGCUAUUGGAAAUACCCGAUUGAAUCAGGACAAUGAUACCUUAAAGGAACUUCUUAAGAAUGGCGUAGACAAAAAGUUAACACUAACAGUGUAUAGUAGCAAAACACAAAGUGUAAGACAGACCGUUAUAGUACCUAGUCUCACGUGGGGUGGGCAGGGUCUCCUUGGAGUUAGUAUUAGAUUUUGUUCCUUUGAAGGUUCUAACGAAAAUGUUUGGCAUGUUCUUGAAGUACAUCCAUCUUCUCCUGCUGAAGUAGCAGGUUUACGACCAUUUACUGAUUACAUUAUUGGUGCUGAUUCAGUUCUACAUGAAUCUGAGGAUUUAUUUACUUUGAUAGAGGCGCAUGAAUCGCGUACUUUAAACUUGUAUGUAUAUAACACAGAAGAUGAUUCUUGCAGAGAAGUUACAAUUAUACCUAAUCAUAAUUGGGGUGGAGAGGGAAGUUUGGGUUGUGGAAUAGGAUAUGGAUACCUACAUAGAAUACCAGUCAGGAGUGUGUUAAAACAUAAAUCCACUAACACAUUCACUGGCAAUGUUAAGCCUGCCGUUUCAACUCAAGUAACAACUGCAACUACUACUCACACAGGAGGAAGUAAUGUGGUAACAAGUAUACCUCCAGGUUUUUCUAUUCCACCUAAUUACGUUCCAUCGCAAGAUACCAUUACAAAAGCUCAACUUGAAGCCACUACAUUAAUGCGACCUAUGUACACACCAAGUGUACAGACAUACACUGCUCCACAAAUAAAUCCUGCUAAUGUCGGCGAAUCUAUACCACAUGUGAUAUCUAAUCAAAGCACUAUUAAUGUUAUGAGUGGUAGUAAUACUGCAUCCGAACCAAAUACAGUGCCAAAUAUACCUGGUAUGCCUACUACACCACCUUUACCAACAUUCACCACUAAUACAACAGUUUUUAAUGAAACUAGCGCUGCAGUUGAGUUGCCCAAGGGUAUGUAUAGUCCAACGACUAUACAGAUCACGCCUCAGAAUACUCCAACACCUGGAGUACAGUUUAAUGUGCCUCAAUCACAUGUUGUGACAACACCAAUUUCGUUACCUGGCAUGCCACCCAUUACUGUUAGUGCAAGUUUACCGCAGAAUACACCUUUCUAUACAUCUGUUCUUCAACAAAAUCAAAUGACUGGCGUAAAUACAAUUCCCACGUCUACAGUAACACCAACACAGUAGUAAUAGAUUUAUUUUUAACGAAAAAAACCUUUUCGUUUCCCAACAAAAUGGAUAUUGAUGAAGGAAAAUAAAAGCGCAACUUAUAUGUUACAAAAAUAUUGUUGCUCUACUCUUGUGCGUUUAUACUUUAUUACUUGUCUAAACAUUAUAUACACAAGUUCUUGGGUACACAAGGGAAAAAUUAUGUAAUUCUGUACAUAGUUAAAAUAAUCACUAAAACUAGGAUUAAAUUAAAAGCAUUUACAAAACAGAAGUAUUAAAUUUUGUUUAGCUUUUAACAUUUUUCAUUGUGCAUGUUUGUAAGUACUUCCCUUAUCUUUUUAAUUAUGUACCAAGGUAAUAUAUAUUUAUGUAAUAAUAUAUGUUCAAUUUACAUUGCUGUAUCAUUAUAGAAAUUUGUUAUUAAGUAUAGUUUGUACAAUUUGUAUACAAUAUGAUUGUACAAUAACAAUGUAAACCAU